UGAAAACAAAUAGAAAAUAUGAGAUUCAGCAGCAGCUUCCUGCCGUACCGAUGUACAUAUGUCAAAAUAUGGGGAUUGAAGUUGAUUUUCGAUUUGGCAAAUGUAUUUUUUAUUAAUUUCUUGUUGUGCUUUGUUCUAUCACAAAAAAUUUUUUGUUUUAUUAAUAUUUUUUUCUUUUAACUAAAGAGUAUUCGGCGGCUCAAUAAUGUGCAGCUGCACAAUUUUUAUUAUUGCGGUUUUUUAUUUCUAGUAUUAAGCUGGUUUUCUUAAAAACGAGUAAGUCGUUAAAUAACCUAAAUGAUUUUUUCUAAAAUUUUUUGAUUCUGUUAUCUCAAGCUUAAAUGAUGAGGUAAAAGGUUAAAUUCCUGACCUGUGGCUGAGUUUUUGUUUUAUUAUAAAUUUUACUUUAUUUAUAUGGGCUGAACGGAAAAUUUCCAAAUUGGAAAUUUUAAAUAAGGCAGUUUUAUUUUCAGUUGAAAAAAUUUUUACUAUUAAAAAAUUGUUUUUAAUUUAUAAAAUUUUAGAAAAUAUUCUCGAUUUCUUAAUAAUUAAUAGAGAAAAUGUUAAUUUAAAAAUAAAAUUUCCUUUUCUUAAAUUUAGA